ACAUAUUCUCGGUCUUUUCAUAUUCUAAAUGUCUAAAAAGCGAAAUACUUAUCAUGUAAAUGAGGUUGGAGGUGGAGGCGUUAUUUAACGUUGUAAUCGUCCUGAAUAACGUAUAGUGAGCGAGGCGGUUUCGGGUCGACUUUGCAGUUACGUCACUGUGGUGCGAGAAGGGACUUCGGAGAAGCAAGAGGACAGACGUUAGUAGUAGGAGCCAAAUGAUACCGUGGAAACGAGAGGUAGCCGUUUAGCGCUCCGGGAACUGUUUUCAUGCUGCACAAACCACGAGGGAGAGCAGGGCAUGGCCGGUAAGCCGUUCCGGGCCACCUUCAUCUGGAGCAGCAUCAUCGCCAACCUCCAGCAGCGCAUCCAGGUCAAGCGCCACCGUCAUAAGCUCAAGACCUACCAUGACUGUUUCCUGGGGUCAGAGGCUGUGGACGUGGUGCUGGCCCAUGUCAUCCAGUCACGGUUCUGCGGCGAUGCCGAGGUGCCUCGCUCCAAGGCCGUACGCCUCUGCCAGGCCCUGAUGGAUUCGCGGGUGUUCGAGGCGGUGGGCACCAACGUAUUUGGGAAUAAGGAGAAGAGGCGUGCCACCUUCGAGGACAGUAGCUGUAGUCUGUACCGGUUGCUUCCGCUUCCGUCUAGUCCCACUACCAUGACCAGCUCGCACUCGACGAGCACCAUCACCAUCGAGAGUGGAUACGACUCGCCGAGCAAACACCGGAACAGCUACAGCCCACCUCUCAAACGUAAAGAGGACCAGUACUCCAACAACCACUCUCCGGUCAAAACAGACAAAUCACUAGAGGACGUGUUGGGGAACCUCAACAUCACCUCAACCAUCACCCCACAGAUGAUCAACCUCGGCCUCUCACAGGAGUUGGUGGGUGAGGUGUGGCGCCAGCAGACGGUGUUCAGGCUGCUACAGCUGAUAGAGCUCCCCCUUCUGGAGAGUCUGUUGGAGGGAGAGGAGCGGCCCAGGCCCCCUCUACACAGCAUGGACAGUGACCCAGACCUGCUCUACACAUCCAGCUACCUGGACAGAGAGGUCCUGAAGGCCUUCAGCGAAGCACAGGCUGAUGAGUGGUUGUCGGCGGCGGUGGACUGUCUGGAGUUCCUGCCAGAUGACUUGGUGGUUGAGGUGAGCAGGGGUCUGCCCCGCUGCGGUGAGGACCAGGGCCAGUGUAAGAGACUGGUGUAUGGGAUCCUGGUCCAGCACUACGGAGAGACACAGCACCCUCCACUACUCAGCAACCACGUCUUCGACAUCCACUCCAGCAUCUCUGAACUACUGGUGAAUGGGAAGAGGGAGCAGGCUCUGGAGGCCCUACAGCUGUGUCUGAAACUACAGGACUCUCGCAGUAAAGAGGAGCUACGCAGACUGCUGCGAUUCAUGGCCGUCGCUGCCAAACCGCAGGAGGUCAAACUGCACAAAGAGGUAGAGAACAGGAUGGCGGUGAAGAGAUCUUUCUCUGGUGCCAUCGUCUACAGCAUGAGACUGGCCAAGGGGAAGGUUGACCUGCUGGUGCUGUUUAUGGUGGAAAACCACUGUGACGUCUUCAAGAUUCCAGUGUCGUUGCACAAACUUGUGAGCGAUAGACUGACCAACAUUGUGAAGAGGAAAGACCCACAAGUCUUAACAUGUAUGGGAGCUUUUGGUGUCUCCUCUACAUAUUGCAGGCGAGUCAAUGGAAGAGCGUACGUGGAGAGCAAACAGAAGACUACCAAAGAGGAACUAUGGGCUCUACUGAAGACAAUCCACGAGAACCCCAAACUGUCCAACAAAGAGAAGAGACGCUUGCUGGGACAGUUCUACAAGGGGCAUCCUGAGAUCUUUGUCCAGUACUUUGGAAGCAGAUUGUCAAGUGAUGAUCUGUAGCUAACUAGGGUGAUAUUUAAGUGAAUAACUAAUGUAUUAUUUGUAAAAAAAUAAAAAUAAAAAGACAGACAAAGGUGAUGUAAAUGUUGUAAAAAUGCAGUGUACUAAUAGAUUUUAUUUACUUCACUCAUGUGAAGAGUUGAAUGUGAAAGCUUUAAUAAAAUGUGAGAAUUGUUUUUAUAA